UUCUGCGUUCACAUAUUCGUACCUUGAAAAAGAAGUUUUUCUUGGCGGAAUAAUGGGCAGAAACGGUGUCGGAUUUUUUUGCUUUCUUCUUAUUCUCGGCGCCGUUGUUGUUGCUGCGGCGGCGGAAGGACGACGGCGACCAUUCGCCUGUGAACCGCAUGAUUCAGUUACCAGAACUUUACCAUUUUGUCGAACUGAUGUGCGCAUAGAAGAUAGAGUGAAGGAUUUGGUAGGUCGAUUGACAUUGCAAGAGAAGGUUAAGUUGCUGGUGAACAAUGCCGCCGCCGUGCCGCGGCUGGGGAUUAAGAGCUACGAGUGGUGGUCGGAGGCUCUUCAUGGAGUAUCAAAUGUAGGUCCAGGGACAAGGUUUGGGGGCGAAUUUCCCGGUGCUACGAGCUUUCCGCAGGUCAUCACGACAGCUGCUUCUUUCAAUGAAUCCUUGUGGGAAGAAAUUGGAAAAGUAGUGUCAGAUGAGGCUCGUGCUAUGUACAAUGGCGGGAUGGCGGGAUUGACCUUUUGGAGCCCGAAUGUUAAUAUAUUCCGCGAUCCGAGAUGGGGGAGGGGACAAGAAACUCCCGGCGAAGAUCCAGUGGUCGCCGGUAGAUACGCCGCAAGCUACGUUAGGGGGUUGCAGGGGACGACGACGGACGGCGACGACCGCUUGAAAGUUGCUGCGUGUUGCAAGCAUUACACGGCCUAUGAUCUUGAUAACUGGGGCGGCGUCGAUCGAUUUCACUUCAAUGCAAAGGUUAGCAAGCAGGACAUUGAAGACACAUUUGAUGUUCCCUUCAGAAGCUGUGUGAUGCAUGGGAAGGUAGCAAGCGUGAUGUGUUCCUACAAUCAAGUUAAUGGCAUACCCACCUGUGCUGAUCCCAAGCUUCUCCGAGGAACUGUAAGAGGGGCAUGGCGUCUCAAUGGGUAUAUAGUUUCGGAUUGCGACUCUGUUGGGGUGUUCUACGAUAGUCAGCACUAUACAUCCACUCCAGAAGAAGCUGCUGCUGAUGCUAUCAAAGCAGGUUUGGAUUUGGACUGUGGGCCAUUUCUAGGAUUGCACACAGAGAAUGCAGUACAAAGAGGCUUAGUAAAUGAAGCAGAGAUCAACAACGCCCUGUCUAACACAAUUAGAGUUCAAAUGAGGCUGGGAAUGUUCGAUGGCGAGCCGUCACUUUCAGGGCAUCCUUAUAGCAAUCUUAGCCCCAACGACGUCUGCAACCCAGCCAAUCAGGAGCUGGCCCUGGAAGCUGCUCGACAAGGCAUCGUCUUGCUCAAGAAUGAAGGGCCUGUGCUUCCUCUUUCCCCUCAAAGACACCAUCAUCCCAUUGCUGUCAUCGGACCUAAUUCAGAUGCUACCGUUACAAUGAUAGGCAAUUACGCUGGUGUUGGGUGCCGAUACACUAGUCCAUUGCAAGGUAUUACUACAUAUACCAGGACAAUUCAUCAGCCGGGCUGCGCUGACAUAGCCUGCCGCGAUGACAACCUAUUUGGCAGCGCCAUUGAGGCAGCGCGUCAUGCAGAUGCAACUGUAAUGGUGAUGGGCCUGGAUCAAUCCGUCGAGGCUGAGUUCAAAGACAGGGCAGGAUUACUCCUCCCCGGACGCCAACAGGAGCUCAUUUUGAAAAUCGCCGAAGCCUCAAAAGGCCCUGUUAUUCUCAUACUCAUGAGCGGAGGUCCCAUUGAUGUGUCGUUCGCCAAAAGCAAUCCGCGAAUUGGCGCCAUCUUGUGGGCCGGUUACCCCGGCCAAGCCGGAGGAGCUGCAAUUGCUGACGUCGUGUUUGGUCAUCACAACCCCGGUGGAAAGCUUCCGAUGACAUGGUACCCUCAGGACUACUUAAACAACCUGCCCAUGACAGCCAUGGCGAUGAGGUCUGAUCCACAGAGAAACUACCCCGGAAGGACUUACAGGUUCUACAAAGGGCCUGUAGUGUACCCAUUCGGACAUGGAAUCAGCUACACAAGCUUCGCGCACGUCGUAGCUGAUGACACCCCAAAGAUCGUACCCAUCCCUGUCGACGGGCGCCAUCACUCCAACCUUACAACAAUCUCCAGCAAGUCGAUAAGAGUGACGCAUGCUAGAUGCAGCAGGCUGUCCCUGAUUCUAAACAUUGAUGUGAAGAACACGGGUGCGAGAGAUGGAUCUCAGACGCUGUUGGUGUUCUCGACACCUCCGGGAAGCGACCAUUGGAUGCCGCAUAAACAGCUGGUGGCAUUCCAGAAAGUGAAGGUUCCUGCAAGAGGGCGGCGGAGAGUUCCGGUGCACAUUCAUGUGUGUAAGCACCUGAGUGUGGUGGACAGGGCUGGAAUCCGGCGAAUCCCCAUGGGAGAACAUGCCCUGGACAUUGGAGAUGCCAGACAUUCUGUUUCACUCCAAGCUCAUACUCUUGGAGUCAUUAAAUCAUGAUCAAUGGCAUUGGCAGCUGCAGGUAAGCCAGGUAUACUAAUAAUAUCGAUCAUCGUCGACGUCGAUCAAUUUAUACAGGAGGCCCAGUUUCUAUAAAAUCCCAGAACUUCAAUUCAAUUUUGCAACAAGCAGCAAGCAUUGGGGAUGAGAGGAUGGAUUGGAUUGGAUAAUGUUAUUAGAGAGUUGUGUUGUGAUUGGAACAACAUUCAUUCGUUAGAUGAUUUGAUAAAGAUUUGUUCUGCUCUUCAAGCUAAGGGUGAAAAAAGUGUUGUGAGAUUAUUAGUAUUAUUAUCAUUAUGUAAACAGGAAAAUUGUGCAAUGCAAAUAUGCAAAUGCAAUGAUAUUAUUAUUAUUAUUA